AUGUCGCAAUCCGACCAAGAAUGCAAGCAUCCGGUGCAGCUCUUUGGCAUGUGCGCCGUGUGCGGCAAGCCCGUCGAUGCAGACUCGGACCAGUCGGCCUCGCUCUCCGUCAUGCACUCCAACGCUAGCGUCAAAGUGUCAGCGGAAGAGGCUCAGCGCCUCGACUCCGAGUCCACCAGCCAUCUGCUUUCGCAGCGCAAGCUCGCGCUCAUCGUCGACCUCGAUCAGACCGUCAUCCACGCCACCGUAGACCCCACCGUCGGAGAGUGGAUGCGCGACGACACAAAUCCAAAUUACGACGCGCUCAAGUCCGUCGGCAAGUUCAGACUCGGCAUCGACGGCGAAGAGAUCAAGGACGACGACGAUCCCACCGCACCCAAGGAUGCCGCCGCCGCACUCAGGGCUUCCAGAGCCUGCUGGUACUACGUAAAACCGCGUCCCGGCGUGCCGGCCAUCCUCAAGCAGCUCUCGCAAAAGUACCAGCUCCACGUCUACACCAUGGGCACACGAUCGUACGCCAACUGCGUGUGCAAACUCAUCGACCCGGACGCCUCCAUCUUUGGCAACCGCAUCCUCUCCAGAGACGAAAACGGCAGCCUCAUCCGCAAGAGCCUAUCCCGCCUCUUCCCCGUAGAUCACAGCAUGGUCGUCAUCAUCGACGACAGGGAGGACGUGUGGAGCAACAGCCCCAACCUCCUCCCCGUCCUCCCCUACGAGUUCUUUGUCGGCAUCGGCGACAUCAACGCGACCUUCCUUCCCAAAUUACCCCCGCCGCCUGGAGGUGCCCCAGCUGCCGCGUCCCCUUCCACCUCUGCCACCAAGCUCGACGACGCCGCCACCGGGGCUGUCGCAGACGCUGCAGCAGCCGACACGGCGGACGCUUCCAGCACCGGCACCAGUACAAACGGCACCACCGAGUCCAUGGUGGAAGAGGCGGUGCAGAAGGCACAGGCCGAGGGGCGCACCGAGGAGGAGCUCAAAGAAGUGCGCAAAGCAGCCGUACAGUUUAUCGCGCAGACCGAAAAGCUGCAGAGCAAGCUCGCCGAACAGCGCGACGCCAGGCCGCUCGCAAAGAUGCAGGAGGCGCUCGACGAGAAGCUCGGCACGCGCUCUUCGCGGUCCGGCACCUCGACUCCCAACGGCCACGCGGAUUCCACCCCCCCUCGCUCGGCUGACCCGGACAGCAGCAGCAGCGGCAGUGGCAGCAGCAGUAGUGACGCGGCCGGCGAUGGUUCCACCACCACGCCGCCGAGCAGCCCGCCAGCGCAGCAGCAGGACAGGCCAGCCGACGGUGGGCCACGGCUGCCGCCGCUUCCUCCGCCGCCGCCACCUCCGCCGCCGCAGUCGCACGCGGUGCUCGUCGACAACGACACCGAGCUCACGCGCGUCCAGAGCAUCCUCGACGAGCUGCAUGCGCAGUGGUAUGCGCGGUACGAUGCGAUGCAGUCGCACGCCGCUGGCGCAUCGGAUGCGGUGGUGCACAAGCCGUCGGUGGUGGACCUGAUGGGUGCCAAGAAGGCGCAGGUGCUGAAGGGCUGCGUGAUUGUGUUUUCCAGCAUGAUCCCCGUCGGGCAUGAUGCGGCCAAGUCGGAGCUGUGGGCGACGGCGCGCGCGUUUGGCGCCACGCCCGCAGCGGAGAUCGAGCCGGGCGUCACGACGCACGUUGUCUCGGCGCGCAUGGGUACGGCCAAGGUGCAUCAGGCGGUGAAGCUCGUCCAGCAGCAGCGCGAGCGCGGAAGCAACCAGCUCAAGCUCGUCUGGCCGUCGUGGUUCGAGGUGUCGACGUCGCGUUGGGCGCGUCAGGACGAAGAGCUGUACCGUCUCCCGCUCGUCGACAGCGGCUUUGCUCCACCCCCCGUCCCCGAGCCGGCGAAUGGCGGAGCGGUCGUGGAGAAGCCGCAGGAAAAGGAGGAGGAGGGCGAGACGCUGUUCGAGAACGAGCUCAACGAUAUGGACUGGGGCGCUGCCGCUGACGAGGUGGACGCCUACCUUGACUCGGCGACGACGGCCAGCAACACCUCGUCGCCCUCGCCGUCGAUACUUGCGGUGGACCUGAGCGAGGUGGAGCCCAUUGCAGAGUCGAACAAACGUGCACGCGAGGAAGAGGCAGAAGAGGGCCAGAACAAACGCCAUGCGCCAAUACACGACAACAACGACGAUGACGAUGAAGAGGAUGCCGACUCGUUCCUCGACGACCUCGCCGAAGAGCUCGACGGACAGCUGGACGACGAGUAG